CUGUGGAAAGAGAUCGUUGAUAUUGAGAACCGUCCAGACAACAGUGUGCAACAACUUAGAAGGGGACCGCAUUCAAUCAAACUUUUCCAAAAGGGCAGCGAGCCUCCGGACGACAAUACAUGUUUCGUACAAGUUUCCACGUUGACAACCGUCGCUGUCGAUAUCAAGUCAGUUCAAGUCAAGGAUGAACUUCAUUCGUCCAAAGUGGGCAAAUCUUCCGCGGAUUAUGUGACUUUGUAG